AGUUUUCUGAACUUUUCAUUUACAUGUGGAGAAAGCUGGUCUGCUCCUAGCUGGUGGCACAGAGAUAAACUGGGCUAGUAAGAGCUCAGAGCUGGAAGAUUAUGUCAGUCAUGUGCUUUCUCUAGCCUAGUUUCCUGAGGUGUGUGGUCAGGUGUUCAGCUAAGAUUCCUCCCAGGCAAAUAUACACAUGUACACACAUGAAUAAGCAUAUGUACAUGUGCAUAAAUAUAUACAUGUACACACAUAAACAUCUAUUUUGAGACAGAACUAUACUAGACGGGCUGGAGAGAGAUGACUGAGCAGUUAAGAGCACUGGCUGUGCCAGGCAGCAAUGGUGCAUAUCUUUAAUUCCAGCACUUGGGAGGCAGAGACCUCUAUAAAUUCAAGGCCAGUCUGGUCUAUAAGAGCUAUUUCCAAGGGCAGCCAGGGCUGUUACACAGAGAAACCCUGUCAGCACCCACAUGGAAGCUCACAGCUGUCUAGCUCCACAGUUCUAGUCACAGCUUUAGUUCCAAGGGGUCUGACACCUCAUGCAUGCAGACAAAACACCAAUGCACAAGAAGAAGAAAAUAAAGGUUGACAGCACAAACAGAUGAAUCUGAUAAAACUAUUUCCAGAACAGGGGAGGAAAAAAAAAGUUACUAGAUUCCCCCCUCCCAAUUUCCUAGUCAACUACUAAGAGAGAAUUCUAACUUCUGUAUAGGCUGGAAAAGUGACUCAAGGGUUAAGGGCACAUGCUGCUCUUGCAGAGUUCCAUUUCCAGCACCAUGUGUCAGGCUGCUUACAACUGCCUGUAACUUCAGCUCCAGAGAGAUCUAAUGCUAAUGCCUCUGGCCUCUGAAGGUGCAUACACACACAUACACAUACAUACAUACAUACACACACACACAGAGAGUAGAUAUAAGUGAAUUCCAGGAUAGCCAGGGCUACACAGAGAAAUCUUGUUUCGAUAAACCAAAAUAAAAUAAAAAGCACACAACAGGAACUAGAGUGACUUAGCAAUUAAAAAAGCUUAAUGCUCUUGCAAAAGACUCAGGUUUGAUUCCCAGCACCCACAUUAGAAAGCUCAUACCACCUACAAAACCAGUGCGCACACACACUACACACAGUGCACAUAAAUUCACACAGUACACAAACAUAUAUUAACAAAUAUCAUUCUAAAAAUUAAGUUCCACUCUCUUACCACAAUAAAAUAAAGUACAUCACUAUUACAAUGGAAGCAGGAGAAUCAUACCAGCUUGGGCUACAUGAUAUUCUGUAUCCAAAGGGAAAAAAAAUGCUGGUGAGAUCGCACAGCACUUGAGAUUGUACAGAUCUGAGUUCAGUUCCUAUCACCCACAUCUGACAACUCACCCAUAUGUAACUCUAGCUCCAGAAUGCUCUGGUACCUCUGGCCUCCAAAGGCACCAUGUGCACAUAUUCCCCCCUCGUCCUACACCACAAAUUAAAAAUAAAUUUUAUGGGCUAGAGAGAUGGCUCCAAAGGUUGAGAGCACUGACUGCUCUUCUAGAGUUGGGUUCAAUUUCUAGCACCCACAUGGCAGCUCAUAACUGUCUGUAACUUCAAGAUCUAACACCCCCACAGAGACAUACAUGCAGGCAAAAGAGCAAUGUACAUAAAAUAAAAAUAAAUAGGGCCAGGUGGUGGUGAUGCACACCUUUAAUCCCAGGACUCACAAGGCAGAGGCUAGUUUGGUCUACAGAGCUAGUUCUAAGACAGCUAAGGCUGUUACACAUAGAAACCUUGUCUCGAAAAACCAAAAGAUAGACAGACAGACAGAUAGGCAUGGUAGUUUAGGUUGCAACAUUUUAGAAGGGGAAUCAAGAGGAUCAGGAGUUCGAGGUCAUCCUCAGGUACUUGGUGGUCUGGAAGUCCCCAUGAACUUUAAGAUUUAUUUUUUUGUAGGCAGUGGUGGUGCACACCUGUAAUCCUAGCACUCAGUUGGGUCUCUGUGAGUUCAAGGCCAACUUGACAGCUAAGGCUACAGGGAGAAAACAAACAAACAAACAAAAAAGAAUUAUUUUGUGUGUAUGACUUUUUGCCUGGUGUAUGUCUGUGAAAUACGGGUGUGCCUUGUGCAUGCAGAGGCCAGAAGAGGGCAUCACAUCCCUUGAACUGGAGUUACAGAAGGUUACAAACGCCCAUGUCCAUGCUGGAAACAGAACUUUCAGGCCCUCUGGAAUAUCAACCAGUGCUCUCAACCACUGAGACAUCUUUCCAGUCCCAACAAGAACUAUCUUAAGAUCCUAUCUCAGAAAGAAAACAGAAAAAAGAUAAAUGACUGAAAGAUGCAGAUGGCUGGACAUGAAUACCAGCCAUGUAACACAUAAAACACAAGUUAGAUACUUUAACACAGACAGCACAUGUGGUCUUAAACAUUUUGAAUAUUGUUGACUGAUUUAAGUAUAACUUAAUAUACCAAAUGAGUGAGGAAGAAAACAGCAAAAUCUUCCUAAGAGAAAUAAAAUUCACCAACAAAACAUAAUUUUUUCUUCAAAAAAAAAAAGUUUUAAGCCCAUAGUUUAAGAUUAUUAGAAAAAAAGCAUAAAAAGAAUUCAAAUGACCAUGAAUUUAUACACUACAUAAUAAAGUUAAUGAAGUAAAACAGACACUAGUUCGGGUGGUGGCAGCACGUGCCUUUAAUCCUCCAGCACUCGGGAAGCAGAGGCAGGUGGAUCUCUGUGAGUUCAAGGCUGCGGUCUGUCUACCGAUUGAGUUCCAGGGCAGCCAAGACUACGCACACGCAGAGGUUUGUUUAAACAAGGUCUGCGAGUGGGGGACUUACACUAGCAACAUGGGACAAGCACCAAUGGGGACUAAGCACUAGCUUUAACGGAAGCAAACAAGUUUGCAACAGCGGGACACCAACGGCUUGCUCCCGUUCCCUUCAGUCCUUUACCGCUCUCAGCUUGAACUGAGUGAGCCCUCCUCGGAAAACCGAGAAAACGACACUUUGGCUUACGGGGGAAGAGCUCAGAGGUCCUAACACACUGGAACUUCUGGAUAAGCGACCGCUUGUCCACUAGCUGAAUCAUCUGCUCAGAAAUGGGACCCACAGCAGAGUGAGCAGGAGAAAACGAACUCCUAAGACGCAAUUUAGCGGAGUGGUGAAGCAGAGGCGACCUGACUCUCUCCCGUCACGGCCACACGGUCCCGCCCCCCCGGCUUCCCACCUCCGUCCACCCGCGUCCCUGGAGCAGACGGCAGCUCCUGUCACCUCUGCUGGGAGGACCCCUUCCCGGGAGCGCCGCCCGCCGGGCUCGGCCGGGCUCCAUCCCCGGGAGACCGAGCGUGUCCGAGUGGAAGAGUCUUCCAGCAAAGCUGCUAUGGCUGGGAGUCCUGAGGGCCGGGGCCGCACAUCCCCGGGAUCCCCUCGGGGAGCAGCGCCAGCAUUCGGGAUCGGGCUCCCCUGCUUCUCGGCGUCUCGCCGUGUCGGACCCGGUCGCCUCGCACCGCGGAGCGCCCCCCGCCGCACCGGGACCGGGGUCCGCCCGAGGGAGAAGGGCGGGCCGGCGGGCGCCCCGCAGCCGGAAGGGGCUUGCCUCGCAAGCAGGCCGGCCUCCGGCCCGGCUCACCUCAGGUCGUUCUCGGGAAGGUACUUGCACUGCCACGCAAUCUCCACAUACUUGUCCAGAUCUAGCGGCGCCAUUUUAGGAAGAACGAGCCACGGCGAAGGCAGCGGCGGCAGCUGAAGUACCGGAGGCAGCGGCGGAGGCCGAAGCCGGAACCCUCCUUACGUCACGUCCGACCCGGCAUCAUGAAGCAGCUGCCCGUCUUGGAGCCUGGAGACAAGCCCAGGAAAGCCACAUGGUACACCCUGACUCUCCCUGGAGACAAGCCCUGCCCUCGUGUUGGUCACAGCUGCUCAUAUUUACCCCCAGUUGGCGAUGCCAAGAGAGGAAAGGUCUUCAUUGUAGGGGGAGCAAAUCCAAACCAAAGCUUCUCAGAUGUGCAAACCAUGGAUUUGGGGACGCAGCAGUGGGACACGGCCACCAGGGAAGGUCUCUUGCCUCGGUAUGAGCAUGCCAGCUUCAUUCCCUCCUGUACACCUCACAGCAUCUGGGUGUUUGGGGGUGCGGACCAGUCAGGAAAUCGAAAUUGUCUGCAAGUCUUGAAUCCUGAAACCAGGACUUGGACUACACCAGAAGUGAGCAGCCCCCCACCGUCCCCAAGAACAUUCCACACAUCAUCAGCAGCUAUCGGAAACCACCUGUAUGUCUUUGGGGGAGGAGAGAGAGGUGCCCAGCCCGUGCAGGAUGUGACGCUGCAUGUAUUUGACGCAAGCACUUUGACCUGGUCUCAACCAGAGACACAUGGAAGUCCUCCAUCUCCCCGGCAUGGCCAUGUGAUGGUUGCAGCAGGGACAAAACUCUUCAUCCACGGAGGCUUGGCAGGGGACAAGUUCUUUGAUGAUCUCCAUUGCAUUGAUACAAGUAAUAUGAAAUGGCAGACGCUUAGUCCCACGGGGGCUGUUCCGUCAGGCUGUGCUGCCCACGCAGCCGUGGCUGUAGGAAAGCAUGUCUAUGUGUUUGGAGGGAUGACGCCCACUGGAGCACUGAACACAAUGUAUAAGUAUCACACAGAAAAGCAGCACUGGACCGCACUUCAGUUUGAUACUUUUCUGCCCGCUGGACGCCUGGACCACUCCAUGUGUGUCAUCCCAUGGCCAGUGAUGUCCACCUCAGAGAAUGAAGACUCAGAUUCUCUCAUCCUCAGCUGUGAAGCUGAGAAAGGGGGUACUGAUGACAAACAAGUGACUCGGGGUAGCGGGUCACCUGAGGAAAGGCAGACUCCCACGCUGCUCUGUUUUGUCUUUGGUGGGAUGAACACAGAAGGGGAGAUCUAUGACGACUGUAUUGUCACUGCAGUUGACUAAUAAAACCCACGUUUUUAUUGUUAGUUUUUACAAAAGCAAAGGCUCUGAGUCAUGCUGCCAAACACUCUACACAGUGUAUUCUCUUAACCAAGAGGAUGGGACGGGAUGGUGUACACCUCUAGUUACACAAGGGAAGUAGAGGCAGAAGGGUCACCCUCAGCUACACAGUAGAUUGGAGGCCAGCCUGGGCCACACAACAUGGAUGCUGUCUCCAAAAAGAACGACUUUAAGAUGGCUCAGCAGAUAAAGGCACUUACCCCUAAACCUGAUGACCUGAGUUCAAUCCCAGGAAACCACAUCAUGGAGAACCAACUCCUAGUUGUCCUCUGACUUCUACAUGCUGCUGUGAUGGUGUUCACUCACGUGGUGGGUGGGUGGGUGGGUGGGUGGAAGGAAGGAAGGAAGGAAGGAAGGAGGGAGAAUGGGUGGAAGGGUGGAUGGAUGGAAGGAUGGGUGGAUGAAGGGUGGGUGGAUGUAUGGGAGGAAAGGAUGGUUGAAUGGUUCAUUUUUUUAAAAUAAAUUUCCAUCAUGUAUGGUGCAUGCCUUUAAUCCUAGCACUUGGGAGGCAAAGGCAAGUGAUUUCUGAGUUCAAGGCCAGAGUGGACUAUAGAAUGAGUUCCAGGACAGCCACAGCUGUUAUAUAUUGUGGUUCCUCAGAAACACCAACAGACAAAUCUCUAGGCAGACCUGGGGUUUAAGUAAGUCUGUGAGCCAAAGCUCUGUCAAAUGUUAACACUGGCCUUGUUUGCUUCAUGCUGGAAUAUAUGUAUAAUCUCCAUCUUGCACUUUUAACUGGAUGGCCCAGUGCAACAAUUCCAUUAUAAAGUUUUACCAGCAAUGAAAUCUGUAGAUACCCAAACUAGGUAUUGGAGUAGAUAUUUCUCAGUGGGAAUCUUUUUAAUGUGCAUUAGUCAUUAGAAGUGCAGACGGGCUGGAGACAGCUCAGUUUAGAGCACUGCUUUAACUGAGGACCCACACGGUAGCUGACACGUCUCUAGUCCAGCUCCAGGGGAUCCUAUGCCUGAAGUAGGCAAAACAGUCAAAGUACUGACAAAAGCUGUGUGAGGUAUUUCAGUUCAUAAGCCUGAUUGUGCACCUCCCCUAAACCUUGUUCAUCUUGGGCACAUGACCCAUCUAAAAACGGGGGAGAGCAGGAAGCAGAGCAUGGUGGUGGGUGUAUGCAGAGCCUAGUGUGCAUAGUGGGACCCUGAUAUGUUUUUAAGAGUGCUAACACUGGAGGACUAGAGUGAAGACUCUUACUCCUGUUUACCCUUUGACCUGCCAUGAAGCCAAGGCCAAUUUUAACAUUUGACAGGGGCUGGCCUCAAAGUGUCAUUCCCCUGUCUCAGCAUCAGAGUGCUAGGAUUAUAGGUAUGAAGUAUCUAUCAUGCACCUGCCCAUCACUUUUUUAGUAUAGGGAAUCCUGCCUCAGCCAGCUUCCUGAAUAUAGGAAUUACUGGCAUGAGACACCAUGCUGGGUUCAAAUUAUAUCAGAUAGCACACAAAUAUGCAGCUCAGGUUUGUUCUCAGAUCCCCAAAUCCAUCAUUCUGAGUAAAUGUUACAGCUGGCUGCUCAGUCGUAGAACACCCAUCUUUGAGCAGUACUGAAUUUCAUGUUAGCUCUGAACAAAAUCCUGAUUAUACUCAUUACCUAGUGCAUCCCUUUCCCGAGGAGGCCAAUCCAAACCAUCGUCUACCAGUCCUCUGACUAUCAAGUAAAGUUUAUAAUUAACAUUUCAGAAGUGGGGAUUCUCCCAAAUGAGGCUUCAGACCAUGUUGUGGUUCAUAAGCCCUCAUGAACUAGCUAACUGAAGCUGGUAUUUCAUUAAUGUUCCUGCUUCCAGCCUGAGCCACUACAUCCACUAUGCAGUGCUGGGUGUCAGACAUGCCAAUUGAAGUAAAUCCUUAGGCUGCAGAGAGGAUCUGGAACUCACUAUGUAGACAAUUGAUGGCCUCAGAGAUCCUCCUGCCUCGGACUCCAUCAAAGGUGUGUACCACUGCAUUUUCAAACUAUACAUCUUAAAAUAUAAAUCACAAACUAAGUACCACCCAGUGACAGGCCGUGGGUUUGAUUUGACACCACAAAGAAAAAUAAAAUUCAAGUGUAUAAGUCAUCAGGUUGCUCAAAAAAAUUUCUUCUCAAGCCGGGAGAUGGUGGCGGACGCCUUUAAUCCCAGCACUCGGGAGGCAGAGGCAGGUGGAUCUCUGGGAGUUCGAGGCCAGCCUGGUCUAAAAGAGCUAGUUCCAGGACAGGCACCACAGCUACAGAGAAACCCUGUCUCGAAAAACAAAAACAAAAAAAAUUCUUCUCCAGCAGAGGAUCAAACCAGGGCUUCUUUACACUUACAAAGCAAUGCCCUACUACUGAGUAACUAUCCACUUUACAUCUUUUCAGACAGCCGCAGUUCCCUAGGCGGGUCUUGGAGUAUUCUCUUGCCACAGCUGGAAUUACAAGCCUGGCACAUCACCAAUUCAGAAGAAAAUCCAUAGCCCCACAGCAUUACUUAACAAUAAAAAUCAGAUAAGGUAGUAACGGUGCACACUUUUAAUCCCAGCACCCAGGAGGCUGAGACACAUGGUUCCAGACCAGCCUGGCCUAAAAUGUGAGUUCUAAGAGAGGCAAGGUUACACAGAGAUCUUGUCUUGAAAUACCAAAACCAAAGAACAACAAAAAACACCCAGAAAGCAGUUUUACAAAGGGGAAGUAAGAAUUCAAUCAUGUUGAAGAGAACUAGGAAUGACAAGGGUCAUUUCAUACAGCAAAACCCUUUGCCUUGCUGUAAAGCUAGACAAAUUUCCCAGGGAGUGGUACCACCCAAAUCACAAGCCUCCACCUCCACCCUCCCUUUCCUGCCGAACAGAUAGGCAGACCUGAGAAUCCGGCCUUAAAUUUUAGUUAUCUAAAAUAAAAGACAGAUAAUUAUAAGGUUUUCACAAAAAUUAGACCAGUGUAAAUAACAAACAUUUAUUGGUGUCACUUAUGGUAGAAAAAAGUUCCUACACCAGAUGUGCAUGACCCAAUUGUUAAAUAGAACAUUUCCAAGGUGAAAUAUUGUAAAUACUGGACU